AUGUCUGUCCCCGACUUCUUGAACAAUUUUACUGCAUUACUAAAGUUGAUCUGGGUGGACCUGUUGUAUGGUCAAGCACAAUCUGUAGACGUGGCGCGCGUGUGUCACACUUCGGUGGGGCAAAGACACGCUCCUACAGGGUGCAUGAGAUGUACACCCUGUGUGACCGUCGUCUUCAACCUUUUCCCGAGAGAACUACAGCAGACAAAUGGAUGUGGAAAACACAAAAAACAAGUAAGGCAAGACUGCCUUGUGCCGCGGGACUGCGCCAACGUCCUGCGGCUUGGCAUUAACGAGACGGGGCGCUACAGGAUCAUUCCUAGCGGGGACGCCCAUGGCGACCAAAUUGAGGUGUGGUGCGACUUGGACGCAGACGGGUAUGACCCCUCCGGAGGCGGCUGGACGACCGCGCUCAGGAGGGACCCCGCUGGCUCCAACUUCGCCGGCCAUACGCUGGACUGGCACCGCUCGGCACAGCUGUUCCCUGACAGAAAUGCUGCGGACAAAGACUUCUUCAUCGGGCUCGACAAUCUCGUUCAGCUUAACAGACACCCAAAUGGCACAGUCCGUCCGCUCGUGUUCCAGUUCCUGCUGGAGGUGGCGAACGAGCCCUUGUUCCAUGCAACAUACGACUCUGUGGUGCUGGGCGAGGGCCCGGGUUUCACAUUGCUCGAGGUUGGCCACUUUCACGGCAACGCAGUACUGGUUUGA